GUCAAAGUGUCAAAGCAGAUUUUAGGUUGCAAACAUAUAUGACAUGAGAAAUGUGGGUCUCUAUAGGAUUAAUCGUCGCACUGCUGUUUAUUGCAUUAUUCCUUAAAUAUGUCUUUCGUACUUCCGGUCCGAGUCCUUUUGAUGUCGACAUGCGCGAGCCGCUCAAACCAGUGCAGCUGGAUAAAAAGGAGAGAAACAAAGUGUUAAAACAAGGCUUUUUGGCCAGUAGAGUUCCUCAGGACCUUGACGCCAUUGUGAUCGGCAGCGGUAUUGGUGGGCUGAGCAUCGCUGUUCUGCUCGCCAAGGUUGGAAAGAAGGUCCUGGUGCUGGAACAACACGAUCGUGCUGGAGGAUGUUGUCACAGCUUCUCUGAGAAAGGCUUUGAGUUUGAUGUUGGGAUCCACUACAUUGGUAAUCUAGAAGAGACAGGAAGAUUCCGCUGCAUAGUGGAUCAGCUGACCAAUGGACAGUUACAGUGGGAACCGCUGGAAAACCCCUUCGACCAGGUGGUCCUUGGUCCGCCGGAGAAUCGGCGCGUCUACCCCAUUUACAGUGGCAACACCCGUUUCCCUGAGGAACUGAAGAAGUGCUUUCCAGGAGAGGAGAAGGCCAUCGAUGAGUUCAUGAGAUUGGUUAAAAAUUGUAGCCGUGGCGUGUGGAUGGUGGUGCUGCUAAAGCUGCUCCCGUCUCCUGUGGCUAACUUCCUGGCUUAUACAGGACUCGCUAAUCGCAUGUCCUACUUCUUCUCCUAUGGCUCACGCAGCCUGAGCGAUGUGGUGAACAGCCUGACGGAGAAUAAAGAGCUCAGGGCUGUACUCUGCUACAUCUUCGGCACCUACGGAAACGCCCCAAAAGAAGCCAGUUUCUCCAUGCACAGUUUACUGGUGUGCCACUACCUGCCCGGUGCCUGGUACCCUAAAGGAGGUGCCAGUCAGAUCGCCUAUAACAUGAUCCCCAUCAUUGAGAAGGCAGGAGGAGCCGUGCUCGUCAGAGCACCAGUCAGUCGCAUCCUGCUCAACGCCGCCAACGAAGCUAUAGGGGUGAGUGUGAUGAAGGGACAAGAGGAGGUUCAUGUGCGCGCUCCAAUCGUGAUCUCAGAUGCAGGAAUCUUUAACACCUACCAGCAGCUACUGCCUAAAGAGGUGCAGACUCACGCAGCCAUUCAGAAGCAGCUGAGUAUGCUAAAGCAUGGAGAAGGCGGCCUCAGCAUCUUCAUAGGUUUGAACGGGACGAAAGAAGAGCUUGGUCUCAAAGCCGACAACUACUGGAUUUUCCCCGAGAAUAAUCUGGACGAGCUAUUCAAUGUCUACAUUAAAGGAGAAAGGGAGGAUUCGACGAAGAACAUACCUAUGAUUUUUGUCGCCUCACCAUCUGCCAAAGAUCCCACCUGGGAGCAGAGAAAGCUAGGUAAGUCUACUCUGAGUGUGGUCAGCUUCGCCCCUUACUCAUGGUUCGAGGAAUGGAAAGACGGGAGAGUCAAGAACAGAGGGGACGACUACGAAGAGCUUAAGGAGACCAUCAUCAACUCUGUUUUGGAAUUGUUAACUCAGAUUUUCCCCGAGAUCAAGGACAAGAUAGAGUAUGUUGAGGCUGGCACUCCCAUCACUAAUCAGCACUAUUUAGCAGCUCCUAAAGGAGAGAUCUAUGGCGCAGACCACAGCACUUCCCGCUUCACUGCAGAAGUCUGCGUUACCCUCAGACCAAAAACACCCAUCAAAAACCUCUUCCUUACAGGCCAAGACAUAGUUUCAUGCGGUUUUGCCGGAGCAAUCGCUGGAGCUAUGAUCUGUGGCUCUGCUGUUCUCAACCGCAACCUUUACAGGGAUAUUGAGGCCCUAAGAGAGAAACUGAACACCAACAGUAAGAAAGUCCAGUAACCAUGGCAACAUGCACUCAUCAGCAGCUGAUUGCAGAACCGGCAAGACAGCAAUGAUCAUCACUUGGUCCUCACUAAAUUAAUAUCUGCUCUGUUAAUCCCUGUUAUUUAUUUCUUUUUUAAAUCUCUACAGCAAUGCAUUUGUAUACUGUAGAACUGAAAUUUCAAUAUUUCAGUAUUGCAGAACUCUGUUUUGACACAGUGUUGAUGCAUGUAUCGACAUUACCCUAUUAUGAUUUUAGAAAGUUUUAGCAAAAAAUGUACAGGAUAUUUUUCCCAUCAAGUCAAUCAGUGGACAUGAUCAGAACAUCAGACCCAUUUAGAGUACUUGGGAUUUAACAGAAAAUAUAUCGAUCACAAAAUUUAACAGACUUAAUAACAAAGAAGUCGAAGCACUGUUAUUUUUUAUACAAACUGCCUAUAAAAAAGACACUCUUUGUAAUCACUUGCAGUAUAUUUUAAUAUAUAAAUGAAAUUUCAUACUUAGGAAUCUUUAUUUUUGCUGAAUUGGGUGUAAGGUCUGGAUGUGAUUAUACCUAUAGGAUGAUUUUUCAUGUAACCUGAUGAGCUUUGGUUCUUUUUACCUUGCAGUCCUAUUACAAGAUUUUCCCAAGGCUCAGUAUUAAGACCUCUUUCAUUCACCUUAUACACUAAAUUAAUGGACUCCGUGAUCAGAUCCCAUGACUAGACUUCUGUUUUUAUUCAUCUUCCACCCUAGUAGAUAUACGAGUGAUUGCUGCAUAUAAACACAUUAGUUGAAACCAGAUUUUAAGUCGAUUACUCAAUCUAACAAACUCCUUAUAGUCUAUCCAACAUUCCUAACUUAGAGACUUGGUGUGGGGCUUGAUAUCUCUAACCACAUUACACUCUAUUGCACUACCAGAUCAUUUUCACAACAAUCGAACACAUUCUGCUCAGAUUCUCAAAUCUUCUAAAGCUCUGCUAAGAAUAUUAAGACUGCUUCUGCUCACACACUUUAUAACCACUUACCCAAAGUCUCUCCCAUGACCCGUGUAUUGAGGUUUGUCCACUAAUCUGCCACAGCAGGACUCAAAUUGCCCUAUAAAACUAUUGCCAGUGCUGUCUUGGUGGGAGGAAUGGUGUACUCUGCCUGUCCUGUCAAUCACAGCUAAAGCAGUCUGUGGGCUGUGAGCUUUACUCUAAUUGUGCUGUGCUACACUGUGACCUAGCAUGAACAUCAAAGCAGUUGGAAUAGAUGAUCCUGUCUCUUGGAGAAAACGUGAUUUAUCAUUCAUAAACCUUUGGGAAUUGGCAGGACAUUAAAUUGGGAAGAUCGUAAGAGUAAAUUCUUCUUCAACUUCACGUUACCUGGCUCUUUAGUUAUGGAAUGGUCUUCCAUCGAUGGCUAAGAUUGAACUCUGUUCUUAACCGCACUAUCGUUUAAUGUUUAUUUACUUAUGUAGCUGUUCAAUUCUAACCAUGAUCAGACAUACAGGUGAACGAAUCAAUCAAGUAUUAACUGGACCAAACUAGUAUUUGUAUGAACCAGUAUUCAUUUGUAUACAAUGUGCUUUUAAUUUUCAAGCCUUGAAGAGUCUCUGACUGCUGUGAUUUUCUCAGUCUGAAAAGAAGCAUCUGCACAAUAACUAACUGUAAAAUAUUCAGCACUUUUAGUUAUAUUAGUUCUCAAAUGUUUUGAUCUGUGACACUUCGGGGACAUUGCACUUAAUUUUGAUCUCCUUAUUUGAAUAGUGUUUGGUGUGUUUUUUAUUCUAAAGGAAAAAAAAAACAUUCAAAUUAGUUAAAACCAUUUAUCUGAAGAUAUUGUAGUAUUUUAGUAAGAUAUUUGGUAUGAAUGCAUGCUACACUAAUCACAGCUGCCUUGUUGCUUUUGAAUACUAAAUAAAAGUUCAUAUUCAAGUAUUAAA